AUGGAUCUUUAUAAUCAACCAAUUGUAAUUGAUAAUGGUUCAGGUAUAAUUAAAGCUGGUUUUGCUGGUGAAGAUACUCCCAAAAUACAAACUUCAAAUAUAGUUGGUCGACCUCGUUAUCAGAAAAUAAUGGCCACGGCACAAACUCCAGAUAAUAAUUGUUUUAUAGGUAAUUCAGCACAAGAGAACCGUGGAUUAUUAAAAAUUAGCUAUCCAAUACGACAUGGAGUGGUCGAAGAUUGGUCAGAUAUGGAGAAGUUAUGGCAACAUACAUAUAAUCAAGAUUUAAAAAUAAAUUCUCAAGAUCAUCCACUAUUAAUCACUGAAGCACCAUUGAAUCCUCAGACAAAUCGAGAUAAAAUGUGUCAAAUCCUAUUUGAAAGUUUCAAUAUCCCUUGCAUAUAUAUCUCAAUUCAAGCUGUGCUAAGUCUAUAUGCUUCCGGUAGGACUACUGGUGCUGUGAUUGAUUCUGGUGAUGGUGUAUCUCAUGUUGUUCCAGUAUUUGAUGGUUUUGCAUUACCUACAAGUAUUAAACGAAUGGAUGUGGCUGGUCGAGAUAUAACCGAACAAUUAUCAUUUAAUAUAAGAAGAGUAACAGGUUUCAAUUUAUCAAGUAGUUCGGAAUUGGAAAUCGUGAAGUUAAUGAAAGAAUCUUGUUGUUUUAUAUCCAAAGAUCCAGCAAGAGAUGAGAAAUUGUAUUCUACUCAUUAUAUAAAGGGCAGUAUGACUAACUCAGAAUUAUUUAGUACUUAUAAAUUGCCAGAUGGUCAUGAAGUAAAUCUUGGGGUUGAAAGAUUUCGAAGUCCUGAGAUACUAUUUAAUCCACAAUUAAUAGGUAAUGAAUCAGUUGGAUUACAUGAAUUGACAUCAUUAAGUAUAGCCAAGACCGAUCUUGAUCUUCGGCCUACAUUAUAUCAGAAUCUAAUAUUAUCUGGCGGAAAUACAUUGAUUAAAAAUUUUGGUGAUCGAAUGUUGAAAGAGUUGAAAGAUUUACAAGUUGAUAAAACCGAGAGUUCAAUAUGGAAUAAGUCAAUUUCUAACCUGGCUUAUAAUACUAAAAUGAAAGUUAAAAUAUAUGCCCCAAAUGAGAGAAAAUAUACAACUUGGAUUGGUGGGUCUAUUUUGGCAAGUUUAUCUACGUUCAAAAAGAUGUGGAUUACUGCUGCUGAAUAUAAUGAAAAUCCAGGUAUAAUACAUGUUAAAUGUUUGUAA